GAGAGUUGACUCAGCUGGAAGGUACCAAAAUUGAUCUAACACAGGUUACCCAUCCUUGGUAUAGGUUAAUGCCAGGCAGGCAGAUUCCUUCUGGAGGGUUUUGCAGAAGCUGUGUUCCAAUCCACUAACCCGCAGGCUCUGCCCUUAAGCACUUUGAGAAGCUCGUGUCCUAGCUGUAGCAUUCCUACCGUUAGGAUUUAUUCUUGGAUAACAAAUAUUUUGCACUUCAACUUUCAAUAUGCUUUGCUGGCUGACGUGUGGAAGCUGAAAUCCAACACAGUAUGGCAAGUUGGAUGUUAGUGAUAACCUGGUAUGAUAAGUAAUUGUUUCUGCAAGCAUCUGGAUUCCUGACUGCUUUCUCUUUGCUAUAGACUCUGCUUGUGCACAGGGGAUCUCCACAGACAGACAGUGGCUGGCAAGAUUUUUUGGACCCUUCACCAUUUAUGGCUCAUACUUGGAUUUCACUGCACUAAAAAGCAACUUCCAUGGGUCAGAUUCUUUGGACUUGUUCUCUGCAAGAGCCUUGGCUGAGCUGUCCGUUCAAAGCCAUACAGUUUACAGCACUUCAGCCAUGAAGCGUAUCUUCCAGACUAUCAGGAAAAAAGCAGAUGCAGACCAGUUCCUUGGCACUUAUUUGGAUGAGUUCAACUCCUUUGUAAUGAAGAAUCGUGAUUUGCUAAGCAAUAUCAAUAUCAGGGAUGAGCUGCUGAUGCUGUCAGCAGAGAUCAACUUUCCCCAAAUGUCAGCUCUUUCUUUGAAAGACAUGGCUGGAUGGCUAGAAAGACUCAACAUCUUGCUGCCAGGUAUCAAUGGAACCAUGCUGGAAUUGCUACCACUGGAUAUGUCCUGUCCAUAUUUCCAAGCAGUUGUGAAAGCUCUAGACGGCGUUUACUCAACAUUGUCGAGCAGGAAGAGGCAAGAUAUCUAUGGAUUUCAGAAGACUUACUUGACUGCUCAGUUAGCUGUCUCAGGGUCAGCAUGUGAUGGAGGGACGAUUGGCAUCCAAGAUCUGCUGCUGAAGAAUUUUGGAAAGUUUUGUUCGAUGGCUAAACUAAGUGAACUUCAAGCCUUUUACCCAGAACUCAAUGGAGUGGAGAAACCUCCUGUCUAUAUCAGCCCUAAAGAAACAGCUGACUUUACCAACAUCGCUCAGAUGUUGCAGAAUGCCACUCUAGCCAGACGUGCCAUUGGAAUGAUCAAGAAUUUUAGCAAUUAUUACUCUCUCCAUGAAUAUCUAUCCAGGCUCCAAAGAGAUCCUUGCCAGGACACCAUAGACACAGCUGGUCCAUGUAGGCAAUCUUCUCCUUCCUUCAUUGUUGAAAUCCAGCAAGAAAUCUUGGAAAAUGCACUUUUUUUCCUCAAAAAAGAAGGAAGCUCAAUGAACUCUUCUCAGUGGAGAGAAGCCUACUUCCUUUUGUUCUCCAACAUCUUGCCACAUCCCAGGACAGUCCACCUUUCCAAGCUGGCUCCCAAAUUAUCAUGUCAUCUCCACACUAUCUUGAAGGCUAUCACUGCUCUUCAUCCUAGUCUUAUCAAACAAGAGGAAGAACUUGUCAAGGUCAGACCUCUAUGCUAUUCUGGAAGACAUCAUCCUAAUAUUAAAGCAACAAUUCAUAUCCUUGCAACGGUGACAAAGUACAGCUAUCAAGAUGAAACACACAACAAGCACAGAAUUGUGACAACUUUUCCCCAUCAGACUAACAAAUCACACGUUCUAGGAGACACUACUAAACAAAACCUAGAAAGUUCUCCAGGUAAUAAGCUCAGAAGCAGGGAAGUGGACAUUACUGGACAUGCCACAAUUCAUAAUCUUAGAAACAACACCAGUGGUUUCUUUGAAAACGUGGCAAAUAAACCAAUUCCUAUCCCUGAAGGUGCCACAAAGGGUAUUUUGCAAAGUAUCACAACUCAUAUCUCUGGAAUUCCCAGGUUUACCAGUUCCCAAAGUGCCAGAAUGAAUACCCUUAGAGAUGCCACAAAUGAUGUUACUAGAAAUACCACAGAUGACUUAACUGGAAACAUCACAAUUCAUGGCCUUGGAAGGACCAGCAGACACAUUUCUGGAAGUUCCAGAACUGACAUUCCUAGAACUACUAUACUUGAUAUACAUAGAACAACUAGCAGAUGGAUCCCUAAAAGUGUUACUCAAAUAUCCAGGAAUGAUUCAAAUGAUAUCCUUGGAAAUGGAAAUAUCCCGGAAAGUGCUAUGCUUGACAUCUCUGAAAGUACUGCCAGAUGGUCCGCUGUUCAAAUGCUGGAAAAAACCACAAGUAGAUUCCAUGGAAAUAUAACACAUCAUUAUCCUAAAAGUUUUCCCAGUGAGAUCCCAAAUGAUAUUACCAAACUUGAAAAUACUAUCACACAUAUCCCUGGAAAUGACAACAGCAAAAUUCUUGCUAGUGUCCCAGAUAACAUUUCCUCAACUUGCACCAUACCACAUAACUAUGGAGGUUCUACUAGUAUCCAGGAAAGUAUCUCAGCUAACUUCUAUGGAACUCAUACAACUCAUAUUCCUGGAUAUACCACUGAAAAUAUCCUAAUGGACAGUAGAACACACUCUCUAGGAAUUGGUGUGGAAAACAAUUCUAGUGAUGCUAAAGGCAAUAUCUAUGAAGUUGCCAUAACUCAUAACCCUGCAGAUGUUACUGUCAACCAACAUACAGUUCACAUUCUUGAAAGCAAGAAUGAAAAUGCAUCUCGUAGUGUGAUGAAAUAUAUCCUUAAAAGCUCUAUACCUCCUAGCAUUAAUGGUGCCAUGGGUAUGCCUGGAAUUAUCUCAGAUUACAUCUCCAGAAGCACUCCAGCUGGAGGUGUUACUGACAUUCCCAGUACUUUUACAGAAAAUAUACUUGGAAAUACAGUUGGCAAAAUCUUAGAAAGCAUCACAGCUCACUUUCCUAGUGUGAGAUCUAGCAACAUCCCUGGAGAUGCCAUGAGCAAAUUCUUUGAAGGUACCACAAUUCACAUUCCUGGAGAUGCUGCAGCUAGCAUCUCUACAAACAAACAAUCUCUACAAACUCACAAUCCUAGAGGUACCACAGGCAAUAUCCUUAAAAAUGAAGGCACAACAGGUGGUGUCACUGACAAUCUUCUUACAGGUAUAAGAAGUCAUAUCCUUGGAAAUGCCUUAGGAAACACAUGUAAUGCCUCUGCAAGUACUCCAAGAAAUAACCCUAGAAGACUCACAAUUCACAAACUUGAAGAUGUCAAUAGCAAAUUCCUGAAGGGUAUUGUAACUAAUAUCCCAGAAGAUGCCUUAAUCAAAAUGUCUAGUGAGGUUACAGCCAACAUAGAUGGAACUGUCACCAGCAAUCUUCCUAGAGAUGUAACUUUUAUUCUUGGAACACAUAGUAAUUGGACAGAUGUUGUAACCAGAUAUAUCUCUACAGUAUUUCUUAAUACUACUCAAAGUGCUGUGGGCAACAUUCCCAAUGAUGAUCUAGCUCAUAUCACUAAAGGUGCCAUAGACAAUAUGCUUGAAAACAUUACAAUUCACACAAUAUUGGGCAAUAUUGAUACAAUGGGCAACAGUCCUAGAGAUGCAGCAGAUAACAUUCCUAGAAGUACUACUACAAAUAUCCUUGGUAGUGUCAUAAACAAUGUUCCUGAAGAUACCUCAGUUCACAAUCGUGAUAGAGUUACUAGUAAUUUUUCCAGUAGUAUCACAGUUCAGAUGGUAAGAGGUGCCACAGUCAACAUUCUUAAAAGUAUCACAGCUUCAGUACUUAGAAGUACAACAGAAGGUGGAUAUAUUCCCAGCCUGAAGAAUUCCAUAUAUAAUAUACUUCAUGGGGCUACUGGCAACCUAUCUGGUGAGACCACAGGUAAUGUUAAUGGUGAUACAAUCCCUAAAACUUAUGAUGCAACAGGAAACAAACCUAAAAUCUCCAUCACUCACAGCCCUGGAAAUGGGGCCAUGAAUUACAUCUCUGGAGGAGUCACAACUCCUUUCUCCAAAAGUACCACUGGAAAUAUGUUUCAAAGCAUCACACCUAAUGCCAAAAAAAUUGCAAUGGGAUAUGAUCAUAAAGCAGUCGACAUACAUGAAGGCACAAUGGGUAAUAUUUCUGGAGGUGCAAUUAUUCACAUUCCUGAAGGCACUACUGCAAGUGUUCCUGGUACAAACAAAAAUCUGGGAAGUGCAAUUAGCAACAAUGAAGCUUCUGUCAUUUAUAAACCUACUGCCACAGAUGCUACUGCCACAAUUAGUAUUGCUAGUGGUGGCCGUAAUAUUUCCAGUGAUCUCACACUUAAUAUAUCUAAAGGCACCAUUCCUGAAGGUUCCAGAGUUCCCAUUGCUAGCAGUGCCACUGACAAUAACAUUGAAAAUAAGACUACUCUCUUCCUAGAUGGUUUCUCAAGCAAUAUUACUAUAGGUAUUCCUGACCAUAUUAGGGGUCAUGACCACAUAGGCACUUUAGUUACCAUCUCUGGGGUUGUUCCUAGCGUUACUUCUGAUAACGAUAGAUACAAAGAUGCCACAGCUUCAGCAGAUGUUAUAACUCCUAUUCUUGUUUCUGUAAACAUUCAGAAUAAUUUUACAAGCAACAGCGCUGGAUAUGUAACUAGCAAUAUUCCUAUUAAUGAUACAACAAGCAUCUUUAAGGAUGCUACAGUUUCUAUUCCCAUGGGUAGCACCAAACAUAACCGUGAAGACAAAGCAACACAUGUUCAUGAUGAGUCUGAAGGUAACAGCCAUAAUGAUGCCACUGGAAAUAUCUCUCAGAUCACAUCACCAAUUUCUGGAAGCACCAGAAGUACUCUUUCUACUAUUUUUGGAGGUGGGCCAACUCACCUCCCAGGAAAGGGCAAUGAAGACGGUGCUCCUGGAGGCCCAAACCAUGAUAGCUCUGGAGAUGUGACAACCAGCAUCUUUGUUGAUGCUACAACACAUAAUCCUUCUUCUCUUCCUGACAAAGGCAACACCUGGGCAAAUCCCACUGUGCCCGUGUCAUUCUACUGUGUUCUCACUUUGAUUUCUGUCAUGGUUUCAUUAUAG